AUCGCGAGCGUAACCACGAACUUCCCUUGCAAAACCGAACAGCGUCAUUCUCUCGGAAGACUGAAACUAUUUACGUAUUGAAUGGCAAAUUUAGAAAGGCGCGGAAAUAUUCAACUGUGAAUUGAUAAUAUAAUAUUAUGAGAAAUUUUUGUUAUUACGAGAAACAGACGUAUAUCAAAUUAUAGAAAGAUACAGAAGAAGAAAAUGAAUUAAAGCGUUUGAUAAAAACGUUUCCCAUAUAUUAGUUUUUUGACAGUCUCUAGUCAGAAGUUAGGCGCAAAGAUGCGAUCAAAAAUGCACCUCUCUGUGCCAUACAUGCAGGUUAAAAUUUAAUAAUUUGAUACGAAAAUUGAAUAAGUUUUUCUCGAUCAUGAUAAGAGAACACUAUAAAAUAGGUACAACAUUUGUUUUUAAAACGGUUGUCUUAUUUGAUUAAUUUUUUCUAAUGCAAGGCGAAAGAAGAUGUUUGAAAAAUAUGCAGCAUUGCAUUGCAAGUCGAUUAAGAAACGUACAAGUUUUAGUCGGAUGAAUCGGAAAUGCCGAGAGAAUGUCACAAUCCAAAGUGCAUUGGAAGUAAAAAGAGACUGACCAGCCGUAAAUACAAGAACAAAGAGAAAGAUCCGCCAUCAACGUCACGUCGAAGUUCUUCGGACAAUUCUACGUCGCGAAAUAAAAGGACGCAGAAGCCGCAGUCAAAGAGUUCCAGAGACGGCUCAAAAAACUCGAGAACGUCGUUUAAAGAGUUGAGAGAUAACAAAAACAAGAAACGUCAGGUCUCGCGGUCGACCUCUGGCAGUUCGACUUCGUCACGAAAGUUGCGCACGAGCACGAAAUCGAAUACAUUCGGACGAGUUUCCGGCAAUUCCCGGGAUUGUAAAAAGCAAAUAUGUACCUGUCGCAAAGAGCGUCACGGUACUCGAAGCGGAAAUUCGCACGGACACGCAAAUUCGCGGAGCACGGAUCCCGUCGAGAGGAGCAGGAGGCGGAGGAAAAGAUCGCAUCGGCGACGUAAAAAGACUUCGAAAAGAGAAAGCGAUCGACCGAGGCGAGACUGUUUCGCGACGCUUUGCGUCUGUGUACGAGGUCGCAGCUCGGAUGAGCUAAGAGCUUGCAAAUGCACGUCGUCUCACGAGAUUCCUUCGCAUCGAGAGUACUCUGUUAAAGGCGGACAAGAAGGGACAAAACGAGUAACUUGUAAAAACGUAUCAAAGAAUGAUACACAAGUGGGUAGAUAUACGGAUCCAUCGACCAGCGAGAAAAAAUCUGCAUUCAAAUUUCAUUCGCGCGAAUUAUCGGCAGCAAAACCAAAUGAAGAACGGAGCGUGAUUAUCAGAGGGUUACAUACCGUUCGCAGAGGAAUUGACAGAUUUAGUGCUAGCGCAAUCAGAUUGGUGACAAGACAACAGUAAUUUAGCUUUGGAUGGGCUGGUAUUCUUUUUAAAAUGUUUGUAUUUAUAUUUUUACGCAAUGUGAUACACAAAUCAUUUUCAUCCAACAUACAAAUUCUAUGCAAAUUCAUUGCUUUAAUAUUAAAUAUAUGAAUAUUUCUUUAUACAUUUUGUAUUAAAAACAAAAAUAAUGUAUUUUAAUUGAAAGGAAUUGUUAAAAUAACUUUGCCAGUGUCCAUCUUGUUUCCCAUAUUAUAGUGAUGCAUAUUUCUAUACAUGUAUAUAAUAAACUAUUUAAAAGGAGGAGAAAAA